AUGGAUUCCACACCGCAAGUAGAAGGCGAUCACCACCAACAUCAUGCUCAUUCGCAUGACUUUACCGAAGCCAACCGGCAACACUUCAACACCAGUGUAGAAGCCGCACAUCACGCAGAUCGGCCCGACUAUCUCAAGAUUGCGAAGAAGGUUGGGAAAUUGAUCGUGGAUGCCUACCCUUUCGACGAGGAAAAGACGACGCUCAUGGAUUUCGCUUGCGGUACAGGUGGUUUAUCCAGGGAACUUGCUCCUCACGUGAAAUCCAUCGUCGGAGUUGACAUCAGUCAAAGCAUGGUCGAUGAGUUCAACCGCCGAGUGAGUAACCAGGGAAUACCUCCGGAGGAGAUGAAAGCCGUAUGCACGGAUCUCCAAGCCGCAGAAGGAGCGCUCGACGGGCAAAAAUUCGACGUGGUCGUGUGCCUUGCUGCUUAUCACCAUUUUGCCUCACCUUCGGAGGUGAGCCGAACGCUGGUGUACUUUCUGAAGCCAGGAGGAGCGCUCUUCGUGAUGGACGUCAUGAAGAAUCCGUCUGGAGAAGUCGUCAUUCCGGCGACCCACAACCACGUCGUCCCUCACCCCUUCGGGUUCGACGAAGCAGAUAUGCGAGUUAUACUGGAGGGCGCCGGUCUCGAGAACUUCAAUUAUCAGAAGGCGCUCUCGGCUACCAUGAGAGGUAACAAGGCAGACCUAUUCAUUGCCAAUGCCUCCAAACCCGCUGUGCAUUGAUGCCUCAGGCUGCAGCAUGUCUCUUUUGGUGGGGUACUGGAUUGAUUGAUUGUUAUCUCGAUGCAUUCAUUCUGAAUUGGUGUUUUGAUAUAAUAAUCACGUACAUCGGAAUGCUAUGGAUACAAUGCGUGGUAUACAU